AUGACCAAGGCUCAAAAGGAGGAGAAGGCCCGCAAUGAAAGGAAGCUCCAGCAGAUGUUGGCUUCUGGCAUCAAGGUUGGCGCUCUGGCUGGCGAGGAGGGCGAGGAGAAGAAGGAGAAGAAGCCAAAGGUUGAGAAGAGGAGAGGUGGUGCUAUGCAAAAGAAGCUCGACGAGGAAAAGGCUCUUGCUGAGGCUGCUGAGCGCGCUAGGCUCCAGGCUGAGGCUGCCGCCAAGGAGCAGGCUGAAAAGGAGCGCAUUGCUCGUGAGAAGGCUGAGAAGGAGGCUGCUGAGAAGGCCGCUGCCGCCAAGGCCGCUGCUGAGGACAGCGUUGAUGAGGAUUGGGAGGCCGCCGCCGCGUCGGAUAAGGAAGAGGUCCAGGACAGCUGGGAUGCCGACUCUGGUGAGGAGGGCGAGAAGAAGACUCUGCCUUCGAGGCCGAAGAAGGAUGAAGACGAGUCCGAGUCGGAAGAGGAAGACUCUGACGAGGAAUCCUCCGAGGACGAGGAGACGACAGCCGCCAAGCUUGCCGAGGAAAAGAGAAAGAGAGAGGCUGCCGAGCGCAGAGAAAAGGCUCACCAGGCCGCUCUUGCUGCCCGGUCUGCGGAUAACCUUCGCUCGCCCAUCUGCUGCAUUCUCGGUCACGUCGAUACCGGAAAGACCAAGCUGCUCGACAAGAUCCGUCAGACCAACGUCCAGGAGGGCGAAGCUGGCGGUAUCACGCAGCAGAUUGGUGCUACAUACUUCCCUGCCGAUGCCAUUCGCCAAAAGACUGCCGUCGUCAACCGGGAUGGCAAGUUCGAGCUCAAGGUCCCCGGUCUCCUCAUCAUCGACACACCCGGUCACGAGUCCUUCUCCAACUUGCGUUCCCGUGGUUCGUCUCUGUGCAACAUUGCCAUCUUGGUGGUCGAUAUCAUGCACGGUCUCGAGCCUCAAACCAUCGAGUCGAUGAACUUGCUCAAGGCCAGAAAGACUCCCUUCGUUGUCGCCCUCAACAAGAUCGAUCGUCUCUACGGCUGGAAGAAGAUUGACAACAAUGGUUUCCAGGACUCGUUGGCUCUGCAGAGCAAGGCCGUCCAGAACGAGUUCAAGAACCGUCUCGACCAGACCAAGCUUGCUUUCGCCGAGCAGGGUUUCAACUCUGAGGUCUUUUACGAGAACAAGAACAUGUCCAAAUACGUCUCGCUGAUCCCCACCUCGGCCCACACCGGCGAGGGCAUCCCCGACUUGCUCAAGCUCAUUGCUCAGCUUACUCAGGAGAGGAUGGUCGGCUCGCUCAUGUACUUGUCCGAGGUCGAGGCCACCGUUCUCGAGGUCAAGGCUAUCGAGGGUUUUGGUAUGACCAUCGAUGUCAUCCUGUCCAACGGCAUUCUCAGGGAAGGCGAUCGAAUCAUGCUGUGCGGUGUUGAAGGUGUCAUCAAGACGAACAUUAGAGCGCUGCUCACGCCGGCUCCCCUCAAGGAGCUGCGUGUCAAGUCUCAGUACGUCCACAACAAGGAGGUCAAGGCGGCUCUGGGUGUGAAGAUUUCGGCUCCUGGUCUUGAAGGCGCCAUCGCCGGUUCCAGGCUUGUUGUCGUUGGUCCUGAUGAUGACGAGGAUGACCUCGAGGAGGAGGUCGAGGCCGAUCUCGCCUCUCUCUUCAGCCGUGUCGAGAAGACCGGUCGCGGUGUCUCGGUCCAGGCGUCCACCCUUGGUUCCUUGGAAGCCCUGCUUGACUUCCUCAAGGACUGCAAAAUUCCCGUUGCCAACGUUGGCAUCGGCCCGGUCUACAAGCGCGACGUCAUGCAGUGCGGUGUCAUGUUGGAGAAGUCGCCUGAUCUCGCCGUCAUGCUGUGCUUCGACGUCAAGGUCGACAAGGAAGCGCAGCAGUAUGCCGAUGAGCAGGGCAUCAAGAUUUUCACUGCCGACAUUAUCUACCAUCUCUUUGACAACUUCACCAAGCACCAGGCCGAGCAGCUGGAGAAGAAGAAGGAGGAGUCCAAGAUGCUGGCUGUCUUCCCUUGUGUGUUGUCGCCGGUGGCCGUGUUCAACAAGACGAACCCUAUCGUUGUUGGUGUGGAUGUUGUUGAGGGUGCGCUGAGGAUUAACACGCCUAUUGCGGUGAUUAAGCAGAACCCCAACACCGGGUUGAAGGAGGUGAUCAAUAUUGGCAGAGUCACGUCCAUCGAGCGUGAGCAUAAGCAGAUCCCCAUCUGCAAAAAGGGCCAACCGUCGGUUGCCGUCAAGAUUGAGAUGGGCAGCCACCAGCCGACGUAUGGCAGGCAGCUUGAGGAGAAGGACAUGCUGUACUCUGCCAUUUCGAGAGCGAGCAUCAACUGCCUCAAGGAGUUUUACCGGGCGGAUAUGACGAAUGAUGACUGGCAGUUGAUUAUCAAGCUGAAGCCCAUGUUUGACAUUGCUUAA